UGUAUAAGCUGACAUUUCAGAAGUAGUUUGUAGAAGAAACAUAUUCUUAUUUUGGAUUGUACAGACUGGCUUGCAGAACAUCAGCCUUAAAAGCAAUAUGUCUCAGUGGAAUCAGGUUCAGCAGUUGGAACAAAGAUUUUUGGAGCAGGUUGAUCAGUUUUAUGAUGACACAUUUCCAAUGGAAGUACGACACUUACUGGCAUCAUGGAUAGAGGAACAGGAUUGGGAUGCUGCCUCCAAUAGUGAUUCACUGGCAACAAUUCUUCUGCAGAACUUGAUGUUACAGAUUGAGAAGGAGUUAAACCGUGUUUCACAUGAGAAAAAUUUGCUGUUAAGACACAAUCUGAAAAGAAUAAAACAACUUUUUUUGGGAAAGUACCAUGGCAAUCCAAUGCAUAUGGCUAUGAUUGUUUCAAACUGCUUGCGAGAAGAAAGAAGAAUUCUGGCAGCAGCUAGUAUGCCUAUACAGGGUCCCUUUGAAAAGUCUUUACAGACCAAUUCAAUUUCAGAAAGACAGAGAGCUGUAGAAAAUAAAGUGGCAGCAAUCAAAAACAGUGCACAGGUGACAGAACAAGAUGUGAAGUACUUGGAGGACUUGCAAGAUGAAUUUGAUUUCCGCUUCAAAACACUACAAAGUAAAGAUAUUGCUGAUAAACAUAAUGCCCUCAUAGAACAAGAAUGUUAUAAACUGCAAGAAAUGCUCAAUGCUUUGGAUCAAAAGAGAAAGGAAGCACUUCGCAAAAUGUCACAGAUAAUUGAUGAAAUUGAUUCUUUGAUGAAUAAAAAUCUGACUGAAGAACUAAAGGACUGGAAAAGGCGUCAACAGAUUGCAUGUAUUGGAGGACCACUGCACGGCAGUCUUGACCAGAUUCAGAACUGGUUCACUCUUCUAGCAGAAAGUUUAUUUCAGCUACGCAGACAAAUACAGAAACUGGAUGAACUUUGGACCAAAGUUACCUACGAAGGGGAUCCAAUCCCACUGCAGAAACAGUAUUUAUUGGAUCGUGUUAUUUGCCUAAUUCUGAGUGUCUUCCAAAGUUCUUUUAUAGUGGAAAGGCAGCCAUGCAUGCCGACUCACCCACAGCGCCCACUGGUCCUUAAAACUGAAAUACAGUUCACUGUUAAAUUGAGGCUCCUGGUAAAACUGCCAGAGCUGAAUUACCAGUUACGUGUUAAAGCAACUAUUGACAAGGAUCCAUCAUUUAAUUUAAGUAAUAGAAGAUUUGUUCUUUUUGGAACACCUGUCAAAGUUAUGAGCAUAGAAGACUCGGCAAAUGGAAGUCUCUCCGUUGAAAUGAGGCACUUGAAGCCAAAAGAAAGCAAAUCAAAUUCUGGAAAUAAAGGCCACGAGGGUAUUCACAUGGUGACAGAAGAACUGCAUUCAAUAAGCUUUGAAACCCAAGUGUGUUUAUAUGGACUAUCCAUUGACCUUGAAACUAGCUCGUUGCCUGUGGUGAUGAUUUCCAAUGUUAGCCAAUUGCCUAGUGCAUGGGCAUCUGUCAUUUGGUACAAUCUAUUUUCAUCGGAACCUCAGAAUCAUGCUUUCUUUGCUAACCCACCUACAGCCAAUUUAAAUCAGCUUCUGGAAGUACUAAGCUGGCAGUUCUCUUCUUAUGUUGGUCGGGGACUGAAUUCAGAGCAACUUAACAUGCUGGGGGAUAAGCUUAUAGGUCAACCAAUAAACCAGGGAGACAGUCACAUCUCAUGGGCAAAAUUUUGCAAGGAGCAUUUUCCAGGAAAGACUUUUUCAUUUUGGGUAUGGAUUGAAGGCAUUUUAGAGCUGAUCAAGAAACAUCUUCUAGCAAUUUGGAUUGAUGGAUGUAUCAUGGGAUUUGUAAGUAAGGAAAAGGAACGAGCCCUUCUAAAGGAUAAGAUGCCUGGAACCUUUCUCCUGCGGUUUAGUGAAAGUCACCUAGGAAGCAUUACAUUUACUUGGAUGGAUCGGUCAGACACUGGUGAAGUGAGGUUCCACUCUGUAGAACCAUACAAUAAAGGUCGAUUGAACGCUCUUCCUUUUCCUGACAUACUUCGUACAUACAAGGUUAUAGAAGCAGAAAAUGCUCCUGAAAACCCCCUGAUCUAUCUGUACCCAGACAUUCCUAAAGAUAAAGCAUUUGGAAAACAUUACAAUAGUCAUCAAAAUGAAGUUUCUCAACCAACAGAAAAUGGAGUUAAAGGUUAUGUUCCAUCAGUCUUUAUUCCCAUGUCUAAACUCCCGUCCAAUGGUUCUUCAUCUCCUUCGUCUCCUAUGGAUCUUCCCAUGUCUCCAAGCAUAUUUGCUGCUUUGCGAGAGCAGUUGACAUAUUCUGAAAUUGAAAAUGAUGCUGUACUUGGAGAGAACACUGAGUUUACUGCAAGGGUCUCAGAAUGAAUGAUGUUGCAUUGUCCAGAUCAGCUUGUAGCAAAAGCAAACACGUGUAUCAUCGCAACGUAUAAAUAUGUGUAUUCCAAACCGAAAAUGUAUAUGCAUAAAAAUAAUGAUACCAAUGAAAA